AGCGGGGAGCGAAGCGACCAGCCUUGGAGACUCCGUGCUUUGAAUGCGGGUUUCUCAACCUUGUUGCGCCCUACGAUGUCACCGCCCCAAUCUCCCAUCGGCGGACUAUCUCCGACGGGAGCCGUCGUGGGCGAGCUAUACAGAGCCAAUGCUUCUCACGUUGUAGACAACUCUUUGCGCUGCUGAUUCGUUCUCUACAGCCCAACUCUCAGACGUACCAGAUCCUACACUAUGAGGACAACGACGGCUUCGCUCCUCUUUGGCUUCGCCUGUGUGGCCCAAGCCGAUCAAUAUGGCUACAACCACGUGUCGCUGAGGCCAGACUCGGACAUUGUGGCCGGUGCCUUUGAGGACGUCGACGUUGAACUCCUCUCGCCAGCCUUUCUGACCCCCGAGAUUGUCCAGCCAGGGUUCAGCAAAGGCACUCAGGGACCGUCUUCGCAGACAGACAUGGAGGACUUCCUCCAGGAACUCGCCGAUCGCAAUGAAUACAUGACGUACCGCACUGCCAACUUCACCUCGGAAGAGCACCGCUCCUUUCCCUACGUCCACCUGUCCACCGGGCACAGCAGCUGCCCCAGCCGCCGCAGUGGAAGCUCGACAGGCGAAAAAGUCCGCAUCUGGAUCCAGGGUGCCGUUCACGGCAACGAGCCCGCUGGCAACGAGCCCGCUGGCGACGAGGCCGUCCAGGCGCUCCUCGGCAAGUUCGACGGUGACAACGACUGGGCCAUGGAAGUCCUGGACAAGGUCGAGAUCGUCAUGCUGCCUCGCUACAACCCCGACGGCGUCUUCUAUUUCCAGAGAACGCUGGCCACCAACUUUGACCCCAACCGUGACCAUAUCAAGCUCGCGCGGCAGCAGACCCGCGACAUUAAGCAGCUCUUUGGCGAGUAUAGUCCCCAUGUUGUCGUCGACAUGCACGAGUACACGGCCAGUUCCACCUUUGGCGAUGGACAGUACCAGCACGCCUCGGACGGUCUGUUCUCUGCGGCCAAGAACUUGAACAUCAACCAGGGGAUCCGCGAGCUGGCAGAGCAAAUCUUUGCCAAGAACAUUGGCGACGACAUGGAAGCCGCCGGUCUUCGUGCCGAGCCCUAUGUCACUGGUCGUUCCGCGUCCGGCGAGGUCGUGGCCGAUUUUGCCGAGGCAGGGACCGAUAGCAAGAUUGGGCGCAACGCCAUGGGUCUCACCCAGGCUGUCGUGUUCCUGAUCGAGAUGCGCGGCAUCGGCCUCGCCGACCAGGAGUUCCAGCGUCGCACGCCGGCCGGCUUGACCAUGCUCACCAGCAUCGUGCAGACCACCACCGACAACGCGGACGAGGUCUUCCAGACCGUGGAGGGUGGCAUCAAGGAGUUUGUCGAGUCGACUGACGACAUUGUCAUUACCGACUACAGCAAGUCAGAGAUCCGCCCCUUCUCCAUGGUCGACACCAAGAACGGCAGCGUCGUCCGUCCACCCGUCCGCUUCGCCUCGACGACCCCGGCCAUUGCAAACCUCACCCGCGCGCGUCCGGAGGCGUACAUUAUUCCCGUGGCCUGGGCUGGUCUCGCGGAGCGUCUGCGCGUGGCGGGCCUGGAGGUGGAGACUCUUGAUGCGCCGUUCAAGGGCACUGUCGAGACGCUGACGAUUGCGUCUACCAAGAUUGACUCCUCGUACUAUGAGGGCGUCGUUCGCGUGACAGCGACGACGGAGACGGGUGAGCGCGAGAUUGAGCUGCCUAAGGGCAGUUUCAGGGUCAGCACGAGGCAGAAGAAUGCGGCGCUGGCGGUUGUGGCUCUUGAGCCGGAGAACAUUGACUCUUAUGUGUCGUUCAACAUUGUUCCUGUGGAAGAAGGUGAUGAGUGACCCAUCUUCAGGGUUCUUUGAAGGCCAGCAGACAGUAGAAUAUGAAUGAAGAAGAUAAAAUUCCCAAG